GCUGCUCUCUGAACAACUGGAGGAUCCAAACUACACACUGGACACACUCAAUGUGGAUCAUGGAGGAGAGAAGAUGAUUACAGCAGGACUGCACAAAUAUGCCUGUUUCCUCACACUGGACCCAAACACAGCAUACGCUGAACUCAUUCUGUCUGAGGAGAACAGGAAAGUGAUGAAUGUGGAUCAGAAACAGCCGUAUCCUGAUCAUCCAGACAGAUUCGAUAAUGUACUGCAGGUGUUGUGCAGAGAGAGUGUGUGUGGACGCUGCUACUGGGAGAUUGACUGGACUGGAGAGGAUGCGUCUACAUCAGUGGCAUAUAAGAGCAUCAGGAGGAAGGGAGAUAUUGAGUGUGCGUUUGGAUGGAAUCCUCAGUCCUGGAGUUUGAUCUGCUAUUCCUCCAGCUACGAAUUCAGACACAAUAACAAACAUACCUAUUUACCAGGAGAGCCGAUCAGCAGGAGGAUAGGAGUGUAUCUGGAUCACAGAGCAGGAACUCUGAGCUUCUACAACAUCAGUGGAGACACAAUGAUCCUCAUCCACUCAGUCCAGACCACAUUCACUGAGCCGCUCUAUCCUGGGUUUAGGGUUUAUCGUGGAUCUUCAGUCAAACUGUGCUGAAGACUGAGAGAUUGAGGACUGGACUUAUUUACCCAUAAUCCUGUGCUCUGCAGGAUCAUUCAGCAGCAGUGAGAUGUUCUGGAGUCUCUUCAUCGCAUUAUUCCUGAACUUAAGUGUGUGUGUGUGUUUGAGUGGUAUUCUCCUUUUGUCUUUCUUCAUUUACUAUCAUAAUAAAACUGAACUGUCCUCUAGUUUA